GAGAACAUCCUGGGCAGAGAGGAUUUUCCAGAAAAGAUCACGGUGACACUCUUGGACCCCGAGACAUGGGGAAAGCCGCACCCACCCGUUCAUCCGUUCGUCUGUCUGUCUGUCUGUCCGCCCAUCCACCCCAGCGUGGGAAGGGCGGUUGGAAGGACGGGGUAUGGCCCCGGUGACAGCAGCCUGUCGCCGUCUCGCCUGGCUGCCAGAGCUUAGCCCCGGUGUCGGGUCUAAGGUUCACUGCUCCGCGCUGCCUCUCUCACCUUUGGCACCUUGCCGGGGCCGGCGCUUUCGCUUUUGGCCGCUCCCGGCACGGAGGGGCUGCGACACACGCAUGUUUGUCACCCUGGCACACGGAGCGGGCACAGCGAGCCUUCGGCAAGUUGGGAUUGCUGUCUCCCCUGGUAGCCCUGGCUUAAGUGAAUUUUCUGAGUGGCCACUCUCUUAUUUAAGCCAGAGCUUAAGCAGGUGGGAGGAGGAUCCCAAAAGCAGAGGAGAGCUUUGAGCUGGAUGCUGCAACUUAACUGGGGAGGACAUGGCACAGCCAGUGACACCGGAGGGGCCCCAUGUCUCCCACAUGUACAAGGUGGUGCUGCUGGGCAGCAUGUCCGUGGGCAAGUCCAGCCUGGCCUACAGAUACGUGAGGAACGACUUCAGGGAGCUGCUGCCCACCGUGGGAUGCUCCUUCUUCACACAGAUCCUGGAGCUGGACGAGGCCACUGUCAAGUUUGAGAUCUGGGACACGGCGGGCCAGGAGAAGUACCAGAGUGUCUGUCACCUCUACUACAGGGAUGCCCAUGCUGCCCUCAUCGUUUAUGACAUUGCCAACAAGGAAACAUUCAGCAGAGCAAAGCUGUGGCUGGAGGAGCUGGAGAAGAAAUUCCUGCCUGACGAAAUCGUGGUUGCUCUGGUGGGCAACAAGACAGACCUUGCUGCUGAGAGAGAGGUCACCACUGAGGAGGGGGAAGACUUUGCACGGACAAAAGGCCUCCUGUUCAUGGAGACAUCUGCAAAAUCCAACCACCAGGUGAACGAUGUCUUCAUGGCUGUAGUGCAAGAGCUCCUGAGGAGGGAGAAAGAGAAAGCACCCAGGCCAUCCCCACGUGGGAGCCCCACCGUGGACCUGAGGAUGAGCGGGACAAGGUGCUGCAGGAGCUGAGGAUGUGACACUGCACCCAGCCCACCUCCAAAGGGGCACAGACAGAGCUCAGAGCUCUGGGACAGCUCAGAGAGGGGCUCAGAGCUGCAGGAACAGCUCAGCCUGGCCACCCUCCCUCUGAAAUCCCACCCAGAGCCCACCCUGGCCUGCUACAAGGGGUUUCUUCAACCCUUUAGCUCCAUUCUUAGCCGGGAGAUAAAGCACAGGGGUUUCCUCCACCAAUCUCCCAUUUCCAGAUUAAAGCACAACCUGCCAGGAGCACUGCCACCAACCCUGACUGAUGCCAUCCCCCCACCCCUGGCUGUCACCUCCUCCAUCUCCCCUUCCCUCUGGAAAGGGAGGGUUUAAUUCCCCAAAGCAAAGAUCCCGGUGGUUUUACACCCAGGCUGCAAAUAAAGAGAAUUUUGCCCUAAA